AUGGAACGGCUUGGUCACAUUUAUUUUGAUGCUGAAGAUCGUCCACCACAAUCAUACUGGCAUAAAAAAUUCCUUGAAGCAGACAACUUAUCAAUUGAUGAUAAAAAAUUCAAUUCAUCAUUGAUUAAAUCGUCUAAAAUCGACCCUAAAGAAUGGGCAAAAGCGCCAGAAUUUAUUCCAAAGUCUCGGCGAAUUUUACAAGAAUCGUUCAAUGGUGCUGAAUUCAGAAUGCAGUCUAAUUGGAGAUCUGAUAAUGGAACAGUUGUAGAGGUUAUGCAAUUUCCAAAUUUUAUUAAUCGUUGUACAACAAUUAAACAUUUACGUCCGAUCAACUCCCAACCGUCACAACCACUUUGUCAACUUUCAACAACUGUUAAUAUGCCACAACCAAUAUUUACUCCACAUGCCCCAUUUCAAAUGAGACAUGAACCUCAUUAUUUGGUACCACAGGCAUUAACAUCCGCGUACCCUGCUCCUAAUCUUCAUAAUAAUCCUCCCUUCUUUUUUAAUCCAGGAUUUAGAUUUCCACCUGCUGGGUAUUCGAUGAAUUUCGCACAAAUUCCAGCAGGAAUAGGUCCACCAAUUCCAGCUGUCAUAUUGAAAAAGAAGCGAAGGAAGCGCAACCGCAAAAAUAAAAGAUUCUCUAGUGAAGAGAUUCCUUAUUUAAUUUGUACACGAGUUGAUUCCGAUAGUGCAUCAACAAGAGAAUCUACUCAAAUUCGUUUACAAACAGUUUCAUCUGAGCCGGCUUUGAAUAAGGAAGGCAACAAAAAAAAUUUAACGAUUAUAGAACAAAGCACAUUGGGUGCGUCAUGUCCGGAAUUAUCUGACUCACAGCUCCAAAUAUGGGAUAAUCUUCUGUAUGAUGCAGUGGUUAAAGGUGAUCGAACAAGUGGUGAAGGAAGCGGAAGAACCAAUAAUGAACCAGAAUAUGAAAUAGCUUCUCGAGCUGUUUUGGAUGCUAUGGAUUCUGCUUUAUGUGUAGAUGGCAUCAGUUCAAAGGAAGUUCGCAAGCUUGAUUAUCAACUUCAAGGUCGAAAAAUGGACGAAUCGUUGAGCGAAGACCAUUUGGUUAAAAAAUUGCAACAUUUUGAAGAUAAUCGUUUUAUUGACUCUCCUGCUUCAACCACACGAAGUCUCAAAGCUGAAAUUGAAGAGCUGACCUUCAGACCGACAAUUUCAGUAAUUAUUUCAUCUCAAAUACAUAAUACAUUACUUCGAUUACAGUCACAAUAUGGCUAUCCAGAAAUGAAUUCACCGCAAAUUCACAUGGCAACUUUUAAUCCAGAUUACAAUACAUUUUCAUCCAACGUCAUUCAUCAAGAUAUUCGCUGCGAAGAAGAUUGCUUUGAAGGAAUGAAUAUACGAGUAAAUGCCUUCGAUACCGGAGAUGAACUGGCAUUAUCCGAUUCCGAAUUACCACAACCAUCACAUUUUCAACAAAUUCUUUGGAUGUUGCAAAAAAACAAGCAAUAUUAUACGCAACUUUCAGUACCCGAAAAGGCUUAUAUGAUACAAAUCUCUAAAACAAGAAAUGAUUUUGACUAA